GGAAGCUCGCCCUUCGCUCUUGCUGCAGGGACGACUGUGUGGGCCACCUUCCUCUCUGAGCGGUCAGGGCCUGGCGCGCGGCUCUGCCUGACUCAGAUCAGGAGUAUUCACACCCGAGGGUCUCAGUGAAGCAGAGAGGGACGUGCUGGAGUUGAUCUCUAAAACAGGAGAAGACGCACCGCGUGUGCUUUCCUUCAACUGGGGUGUUCCCGGGCGACAGUAAACGCAGGCUAACAACCCGUUUCUACUGUCCCUACCUAAUGUGGAGAGAUGAAAGGUGCUGCAGUACCAGCGCCGUCCUGAUGGGGCAGCAACGAGCCAUUCAGUUCAAUAGUGAACCGAAGAAGAAAAAGCAACAUCCGUGUGUUCGUGGAUGAAGGCUCGUCUGUGGUGCACAGUGAAGCGCUGAAACGAAACCGGUGAUUCCCGCUGGCUCUGCUCUCCGUCCCCCUCCACCUCAGUGGCCGUAGCUGGAACAGAUGUACCGUGACCGGCCCCCGCUUCGAGGUGGCUACCGGCCGACGUUCGAGGGCCGAGGACCCCCGCCAGACAGGCCCUACAACGCUCAGCACUACGGGGACGAGCGGAACCGAGCGAGAAGCGCCUACUACCCGGUGCAUGCGGCGUACCGACGCUCGCCGCCGCCGCCGCGCCAGGGCUACCCGCCUCCCGGCUCCAACUGGUCCGGCGAUGCAUCUGGAGAGAGCUCGCCGUCGUCUCUGACGUCAGUUCCUGUGAACCACAACAUGGUCGCAGCUGUGGGCCACGAGCCAACAGGCGCACCCUCGGCCCUCCAUCCUGACCGCUAUGGUGGCCAUAGCGGAACACGCAAUUGGAGCAGAGACGGAAGCCCAGACCACAGUCGAGCAAAGAACCGUGGUCGCAGCAGAAGCCGUCCUGGUGAUGGUCUGGACCGAGCAAGGGCCAAGAGUCGUGGAAGGAGCAGAAGUCAGAGCCAGAGUCCAGAUAGAACCAAGGCCAAGCGCCGAGGGCGCAGCAGAAGCCGACGUCGCUCCCCGUCGAAAUCCAGAUCCAGAUCCAGUUCCAGAGGGCAGAGCCGCUUUAGACCUUCAAGUGGGAAGAGAAGACGAAGUCGCAGCAGCAGCCGCAGCAGCAGCAGCAGCAGCAGCCGCAGCAACAACAACAGCCGCCGCCGCCGCCGCAGCAGCAGCAGCUCCUCCAGGAGCAGCUACAGCUCGGACCACAGACACAAGGACAUGAAUCAGCAAAGGAGCGCGUGGUACCAAAAGGAAGUGGAGGAAAUUCAGAACCAACCUACCAAGUCCAUCCUGAAGAAACGCAUCAACCCUGGUGACUCACCCUCUCUCGCGGUCACGGGCUCGCCUCCUCAUUCUCAGCCCUCAAACAUGAACCAGUUUGCUGAGCAACUGCUUCAAGCUGUCAAAGGGAUGGAGCCUUGUGCUGUGGCGGACAUGUUGUCGCAGCUGCGCUCUGACCCCGAGAUGGCCCUUCGUGCUGACCUGGACGCUGAGAUCCGAGAAAUCCUCAGCCUGUUGGCUCCGCCCAGCAGUGCCACCACUCGGCUGGAGAAGGCCAGCGACAUCGAUGAUGAGGAGAAGUUUCUCUACGGGGACUGUGACGAGCCCCCGCCGGCGGCAGCUCCCGCCGCGCCCUUCCACCAGCAAGGGUUGGACCCGUACCGAGAUGUCACUGAGGAAACUCUGUACGGAGAGUCUUCCUCUCAGAAAGUUCAUGCUCAGUCUCCUCCUCCUCCUUUUGCUGCGGGUCAUCUCCACGCACCUCCCACCAGUGCUCCGGUGGAUACGGGAUUCCCUGGCACCGACAUCAAGCAGGAGGCGCCGCAUGCUGCGUCGUUGCCCACCAUUUCACGACAUGAGAAUGAUCGACAGGCAGAGGAAGAGUAUGAAAAGAUCCAAGACCUGCUGAAGACCAUCGGGCUGGACUUGGGUCUGAGUGAAAUCAGCAAGAUGGCAGCUAGGACAAAGGAGCGCUUGCACGGAAACAAGCCUCCGAAGACACCGACGCGACGUCGGCGAUACUCUUCAGGCAGCUCAGACAGCAGUCCCCGACGUGGGAGGCAGAGCCACAGCCGGAGUCACAGUGGCGACCGAGCAGCAAGCUGGAGCAGUGACGGUGCUCAUAAGAAGAGCAGUGAUCCACACAAGCCCCCUGAAUAUGUGAGGAGUGAUUGGAACCCAAAGAGCCUUCCAGCUCAAACCCUGGAAACCAACAGCGGACGCUCUCUGUGUCCGGGGGCGGUGCCCAACUAUCCCCCGCCGCAGGUGCACGCCAUCAUGCCUCCUGCCUUCCCGCCGUACGGCCCUUAUGGCAACUACCUACCCUACAUGCACCAGCAGUGGCCUCCUUUGCACCCGGGCCCUGCCAUGGUCCCCCCAGCCACCAUGACCCCAACCCUCAAAAUGACUCCACCACCAAAGGAUGACCUUUCAGAGAAGCAAAACAUGGAGAGUCAGAAACAGAAGGUUCUGGAGGAACGGGAGAAGCUGAAGUUGGACCGUGACGACAGAAUGAAAAAAAAGGAACAGCUGAUGAAGGAAUUAGAGAGCCUGAGGAAGCAGCAGGGCGAGCUGCUCAGAAAGAAGCGGCGGGAGAAGGACGGCCACAAAGACCCACUCUUGCAAGACAUCAGCAACCUGCAGGAAAAGUUGAUCUCUCAGAUCCACACCUUGCGGAAAGAGCACGAGGCUGCCGAGAAGAAGCGCAGUGAGAUUGACAAAGUGGCUCUGAUCCUGGGCCUGAGCCCGUCCGAUCGUCCGCAGCACGACCCCAGGUCUCCCCCAAAGCAGGAAGAAAAGAAGCCUGAGCUAAUUCAGGAAAUUCGCUGCAAAACCCCACCAAAGACCUUGAUCUCAUCUGGGCAAACAGCUGCAGCAAAUUCUGGAAAGGAUUCUGUCGCUGCUGAAGCUUCAGCUCCGUCUUCUGAGCCCUUUGAAUACUAUGAUGCUGGAAAUCAUUGGUGCCAAGACUGUAAUGUCACAUCAGGAUCCAUGUUUGACUUUUUCACACAUUUGCACAGCAAGCACCAUCGCAAGACUCUGGAUCCAUACAACCGGCCUUGGGUGUCCCCUGCCAGCAAGAUGGCAAAGGUUGUGCCACAGGAAGAGAAGCUGACCAAGCCAGCCAAAGGCUCGGAGUUCCUGCUCCCUGUCAGAGGCUUCUACUGUCUGCUGUGUAAGCAGUUCUACGGCGACGCCAUCUGUGCGGAAGAACACGUGACCCGCCACGCACACAACGAGCUCUACAAGAAAAUGACAUAUGAGAAUCAUCUCUACGAGCAGAGGAGGAACCUUGACCGUCAAGCCAGCCUCACCUCUGAUCACAAGAAACGCAAACAAGAUGACGACGACGGCGACGACAAAGAGGAGGAAGUCAAAGGGAGGAAGGACAAAAAGGAAAGAAAGGACAAGGAGCGGAAGGAGGAGGACGACAGUAGAGACGGCAAGUGUCAGGUGCAGUCUGGAGGCGCCUGUGCCUGGAGUGCAGUGGAUGAGAAGACCAGGUACAGACGAGAGGAGGAGGGACGCUCGAAGAGGAGUCGUGAGUCCCGGCACACCAGAGAGAAUGAACAGCUGUCGAAAGCCAAGCGUGAGGCCAAGCCGAGAUCAGACGGCCUUGAAAAGCCACCCGAGCCCGUGUUCAAGCCUUUCGAGGCACCAAAGAUCUUCUGUGGUCCCAGCCCAGCUAUGAGGGCCAAACUUCGCAAGCAGAAUAUAGAGGCCACUAAGCCAGCAGCAGUGCCAUCUUCUGCGCCGCCACCAUCAACUUUUGGAAAGUUUCAGUGGAAAAAAAAGGAGAGCCAGCUGACCAGGGAGGCUCAGAAAAUGGCCGCCCAGUUCAUUAAGGAGGAGGAGCUGGCGGUCAGAGACAAGGUGGCCCCCGCAGAGGAUGCUUUUUCCAAGUCCGUGGCUAUGGCAAAGGAAAUUGCUAUCAAGUUGGCAAGUCAAAGUACUGUCCCUGCACCGGCCCACAGGGGGAGAGGAAGUCCCCGUUUUCAAGCCUAUGGUGUAGGGUUGAGGCCGGGUUUAAUCCCAGGGAAACCUCCAGAUGUCAACAAAUCCAGUGAUUACGUCGCUCCAGAUCCGAAGACAAGCCCGCAGGCUCCUGCUGUCACCGCAGCGCAGCCUGUUCCAUCGGCAUUACAGCCAGGACCAAGCAGCGUUACCGCGGCGCCCACGACUGGGAGAGCCCCUUUCUCAGUUGCUGUCCCACCACCAACCAGUGUUCGGUCGCCCACAGCAAGUAUGCCCUCUCCCGCCAUGAGUCCGGCCACCACUUGCAGAGGGGUCCCAACAGCUUCCGUCUGUGCACCUCCAUCGCUGUCAGCCGCCUCUCCAGUCUUUAAAGCUCCACUGCCGGUGAACCGAAGCCCUUCUGUGUGGAAGCCUGCGCCGCAGCAGACCACAGAGGCUGUCUCGGAGGAGAACGGUCCCGACGUGGCAGCCCCAGGGGUUCCAGAGAGUGAGCAAGCUCAGGCAGUCUUUGUUAAGCCGCCGCCAUUCAUGAAUAUAGGAGCCGGCCCCCCAAAGCAAGAUAAACCAAAGAGGAACUUGGCUGCAGCUAAGGCUCAGGAUCUCUUUGGCAUUUUUUACAGCAGCCUUGGCCAAUCAGGGCCCUCCCUCAUCAAGCAGCCACCAUCAAAUGCUGAAAGUAACCUCAAGAGUCCUGUCGUGCCAGAGAUGGAGAGUCCAAGUCCCGCCUUAGUUACGGAGCCAAAGGCACCCAAAGUGUGUCUUACCUCAGACUCAAAAACACAUCACCGGCCGAUGUUCCCACAAGUGCGGGCUGGGUCUGUCGUCUCCUUGCAAGCCUCUGCAGAUGUUGAACCUCAGGCUGAGUCUCCACCAAAACCCGAGCAAUGCGAGGCUUCUUCUUCAGAUUCCUCCGAGUUGAAGCUCGACCCUCAAAAACCGUUCAAUGCCAUGGUUCUUCCACAAGUGCGGGCUGGGUCUGUCGUCUCCUUGCAAGCCUCUGCAGAUGUUGAACCUCAGGGUCUGUCUCCACCAAAACCCAACCAAAGUGAGGCUUCUUCUUCAGGUUCCUCGGAGUUGUUUUUUGAAUCUCCAGCACCUUCAGAACGUGAGAUUCCUGCACAUACUCUGACAGAUUCACCGAUUGCUUCUGUCAUCUCCUUGCAAGUCUCUGCAGAUGUUGAACCCCACGCCGAGUCUUUUCCAGACCCGAAGCAAUGUGAGUCUUCCUCAUCAGGUCCCGCCAAGAUGGAGUCUGAAUGUGCAACACCUUCAAAUCCUGAGGCUCUUCCACAUGCUCCGACAGACUUACAGAUUGCUUCAGUCUGGUCCUUGCAAGUCACUGCAGAAGUCGACUCUCUGACCAAGUCUUUCCCUGAACCCAACCAAUGUGAGGCUGCCUCCUCAGGGUCCUCCCAGGUGGAGUGCGACUCUCAAACAACCUUGAAUCCUGAGCUUCUCCCGGAGACUGUGACCUCUGAGCCUUCAGGCAUUCUGCAUUCAUGUCAUCAAAAUCAGGGGCCGAAGCAGGUAAGAACGCCAACAAAAAGAAAAGCCCGGGCAUCGCUUCCUGUUCAGCAGGCCAGAUCUCAAAGCAGGUACCAAACACGACAGCAGCAGAUGAAUAUAGAAUCACAAGUGGAACACGCAGAGCCCUCGCCAGCCUGUGUGCACGCCGACUGUGCCGUGCCAGACACUGGAGAGUUGCAUGAACCCGCCAUGAUGGCGCUGGACUUUGUUGAAAACCUAGAAGGUGCAACCUGUCAGAAUGACUCUCCUGACCCGAACUUGGUUCCUGUUGUGUCAAGUUCUGAGGACAUGAAGACUGAGGAAACCUCCGAGACAUUGGUCACAGCUCAGUCCCAGGACUUACCCCAAAACAUGGACUCCGAGACGUUGACUUUUGAGUAGGUUAGUAAGUCACAGGGAGAACGUAACCAUGAAUCUGGGGUCAUUCCAGAGCAGUUUUGUCACUGUCAUUGUUUGUACAUCUACAUGCUAAUCGUGAUUGUGCUUACUUUCUUUUCCUGUUAAUUAAAAAAAAAAUCACAUUCAGAAUGUUUUUUCUUUUGCUUCCUGAGAUGUAUUUUGACAUGACAUGUUUCCUAUUGGUGUUGUCCUGGUGUGCCCUUGGCUGCUCCAGUUUUGGAUCCUUGUGGCUGGCUCUCUUGUUUGUGUCAUGGUUUUAUUAUUAAAAAUGAA